AUGAAUGGAAUCACCAUCGAUUUCGAGCUAAAUGCAGAAAACCAAAUUAAACUAGCAAAGACUUUCAAGUCUUUUCAGUGGAAAUACUUGACUGUAUAUACAUUAGUGAUGGGCACUGAUUGGCUACAAGGCCCUUAUUUGUAUAAGCUUUAUCAAUCUUAUGGUCUUGGAUUAACAUCAAUAUCUAUGCUAUUCCUGACAGGGUUUAUCAGUAGUGCCUUUGCAGGGACAGCCAUUGGGAGUUUAGCAGAUGUUUAUGGGCGUAAACGUGUGUGUAUCAUUUUCUGCUUUACUAUGAUUGCUUCACUCCUCCUUCGUCUUAUAAACGCGUAUCCAUUACUAUUCGCUUCUCAUGUGCUUUCAGGACUUUCAACAGCACUUUUAUACUGCGUGUUUGAAGCAUGGUAUGUCUCAGAACAUGCGUCAAGAGGCUACCCUGCUGAAUGGAGAGCACGCACAUUUGCACUAUGUACUUUUCUUAACAGCUGUGCUGCCAUUGCUGCAGGAGCAUUUGCGAAUAUAUUAGUGGAUGUAUGGGGAUUUAAAUCUCCUUAUGUUGCCUCAAUCGUCUUGCAGGCUAUUGUUUGCUCAAUGAUAAUAUCCUCAUGGGCUGAAAAUUAUGGAAUUGAUCAAAUGAAGGAGCGCAAAAGCUUACAAAAAAGUUUAAGAGAAGGAAUAUAUGUUAUGUUUCAAAGUAGAAACAUUAUGGUGCUUGCCAUUGCACAGACGCUCUUUGAAUGUUCAAUGUACAUAUUUGUACUAUUGUACACACCAGCCAUUGAAAGUGUUGCAGAAAAUAGCAACAUUUCUCUUGGCUAUUUAUUUUCUACCAUGAUGUUUGCUGUAAUGGCAGGUUCCUUAGUAUUUCAACUGUGUGAACGGUUAAAUAGAUAUGGCACACGUCAAUUGUCUAUCACAUCAAAGGAAAAGCUAUUGAUAAUUGCUCUUGGUUUGGCAUCUUGUUCUUUUAUGAUGAUGGCGUACUAUGGGCAGUAUUCAGCAUUUCUUAUGGUUGUGGCAUACCACAUCUUUGAGUUUACAACAGGGUUAUAUUAUCCUAGUAUUGCCUCUCUAAAAGCAGAGUGUAUUCCAGAAGAAACACGGGCUGUCAUAAUGACAUUGAUCAGAAUACCAAUGAAUUUAGGUGUUGGUAUUAUCAUUUGGCAGAAGAUAUUUCUAUUGCAAUGA